AUGGGGCUUGCUAGGGACGACUGCUUCACCUUGGCAAAGCGAAAAUCCGGACAAAGUGUGGUUUGUGCAGUGCUCUCAUCAAUCUCUCCACCCAUAAUCAAAGAUGAUACAGGAACUGUAUGUCUAUUAUCGCUUCCGGGCGAAGUGUUGGCGGAUGAAGGUGAUCCGUGUUUGUUCCUCUUUGAAUGUUCCACGCAACCACCGAAAUGUCUCAGAGUUACUGCAAUACCUCCCGAGUUAGUGCCAGUGAUGAAAUAUCAGCUGAUGAAAUUUCGCGAGUAUGAACAAAAGUCUUCGUAG